AAAGGCAUCACUGCAUCAAGAAGGAAUACAAUACACAAUCUACCUGCACAACCACUGAGUUGUGGUGGGUGUUGCAGCGGCACAGUCUCGCCAUCACACACAGCACAAUGGACUGUUUUACUGAAGAAAACCUUCAAAUGCCAUGACUGUGGCAGCCCAACACGAGCUACUUCUCUGACGACUUCUUUAACCACCGUGACGGCCAUAACACUGGUCCGCCGCACCCUCCUCCUGUUCAGAUGUUAUUCAGUAAAAUGGAUAUUGCUUCUUGAAAUGCUGAAACUCCUAGCAAUAUAAGCUGUAUCAUAUUACAAGAUUUUUUUAGGUGAAAUGACAUUUUGAGGGAAACAUGAAACUUUAUACUCGAAUACAUGUCAUAUGCUGAACAAUUAAAAUAAAAUAGUACAAAUAACAGAGAAAAUCACCGGUACUGAGAUUUUGCAAACUGAAGGAAGCCCUUUGAACUCGCCUUAACGUAAAUAAAAAAGAAAAUGGUGCUCUUCGCCUCUCAUUUGGCGACAAACUAAGCCUCUGUUACCAUGGCAACCCGACGAAGUGGCGUGUCGGUAGUGGGUGGUCAGAGCCUGGACCCGGACACCACCCACACCCACACCUGGUGAGUGGCCAGAGGCAGGACCUGGACCACCACCCACACCUUGUGGGUGGUCAGAGCCUGGACCCAGACCACCACCCCCACCGUCCCUCCCUCCACUCCCUGUGGCUCCCAAACUCCACUCAAGAGACUCUACGGGGCCCUGAGGACGACGACAGUGCCACCGGCUCCUUAAUUGACAUCAUGACCAGCCCGGUGUCGUCUCUCAUGCACGACGACCUCCUCUUCCUCCAGGGAAACGACACCAAUGACACCACAACCACUGGUUACGUGCCAUACUUCCAACGACCAGAAACCUACAUUGUUCCCACCCUCUUUGCAGCCAUCUUUAUUGUCGGCGUCAUAGGUAAUGGGACGCUGAUCGUCAUUUUCGCCAGGAACAAGAACCUGCGCAACGUACCUAACACCUACAUUAUCUCCCUGGCGCUGGGGGACCUCCUCGUCCUUUUCUUCACCGUUCCCUUCGUCUCCACUAUCUACACUAUAGAGUCAUGGCCCUAUGGGAACUUUGAGUGUAAAUUCAGCGAGAUGGUGAGAGACAUCUCGGUGGGUGUGACCGUGUUUACCCUGACAGCGCUGUCUGCUGACCGCUACCUCGCUAUUGUCUCCACCGUCAGAAGGGCUGCAGGCAGAGCCGGCCGCAGGACGGUAAGGACUGCUGUGGGAAUAUGGGUGGCGGCGGGAGUUUUGGCCACCCCGGCAGCGCUCUUCUCACAAGUUCAGGUGUUUCAUGUGACUGAUGAUAAAAUCAUCAGUGUUUGCUACCCGUUUCCGGAGCACUUCCCCAGCUGGUAUUCUCUGGUUAAUGUCAUUGUCAAGGCUCUCCUGUAUUACCUCGUGCCACUCGUCGUCAUCGCCUCCUUCUACUUGCUGAUGGCCAGGCACUUGCUCUCUUCUGAGGACUUGCCAGGGGAAUCUCACGUCUUCCAUCGCCAACUGAGAACGAGAAGAAAAGUAGCCAAGAGUCUAUGCUUUGUGCUUAUCUUCGCCGUGUGCUUUCUGCCAACACACGUCUUUCUGUUGUGGUUCUACUUAGACCCUGAGGCCUCAAUCAAAUAUAACGAGUUCUGGCAUGCCCUCCGGAUCGUCGGCUUUUGCCUCGGAUUUAUUAACUCGUGCAUCAACCCUAUCGCUCUAUACUGCAUCUCUGGCACUUUCAGGAAGUACUACAAUCGUUAUCUCUUCUGUUGCUGUCGCUGGUUUGACCGUGAACAUCGAACUCGGUCCUUCCUGCAGCCGGAACGCUCUGGUAUGUCCCAUUGCCGGUCAUUUACCAUGCGAGGCACAGAGACAAUGACUCUCACCACAUUAAUCCAUGAAAGAGCUUCUCCAGCCGCAUCAUGACAAACGCCUACACUAUCCUGUUCUCCUGCCUCUGCCCGUCCGUGUUCCCCCACGUCCACACUAACCUAUUCUCCCAUGGCCACACGCCCAUAUGCUGUGAGUCACCAAAACUACGGCAGCCACAGUCGUGACUCACCAGUGUGCAGCCACCAUAUGGUGGUGGCAGAUGACCGCGAUGUAGACAGUAACACUUGCAUUUAUGAGGAGGUCGAGUUGUGAAGCUUCACUGUCAGGUGUGAGCCCUCCAUGCGGGGUGUUGGCCAUCCAUACGGGGUGUGGGGGACCUAGUGCAGCGUGAGGUCCAUCAUGAAGGAGAAAGGAAAGAGAACUUAGUUACUGAAGUGAGGGACCUGAUGACUGGAAUGACGAGUACAGUGAGUGACCUCGUGACUGUAAUGGAGGUCUGGUUAUGAGACCUCAGGUGAGUUUAGUGAACUAAUGAGCAAAGUACACCUAAGCGCAAUCGGAACUCUUUACUGAAGGACCUCAUAUGAGUAAGAAAAAAGAAAAAGGCGGACCUCACGAAAGAAGACUCAUUGUCUGCAGUUAGACGGUUAGUUCCAGAGGCCAUUGCCUACAUAGCCCAGUCCCAAACCAGGCCUCCAACUUGACGGCCCGAUUAAUCAGGCCGUCACGCAGUCCAUUUGUAACAUAAAUCUGUACAUUGCUUGGUGUUUGCUUGUUAAGUGUUUAAUUAUUAUUGUUCACUAUCAGAAUUGUUAUUAUAUCAAGGAAUAACUUUGUAGCUGAUAUGUUUAGGCUCUAUGUAAUAACAACACAUUUUUCCCUCAUUAUUUACUAUUUUUUAUAAUGCAUGAGAAGGCUAAUGUUGGAUGCCAGGGAAGGUUUCCUGUCACCCUCUUGAACUUUUAUCAUAAGCAAGGGGUGUGGCUAUGAGUUGCGACCUGCCAGGUGAAGCCGUCUACCCUCCGUACUCGCCCAGAGAUGUCAGAUGGUGAUAUGCUGCCCAUGGGGAAAGACAUGGCAGUUGCUCUAUCUCUAACAUAAUCUAACACACAAUCACCAUCUUAAUUAUUUUCUGGACACAGAAAUUUUGAGUACAGUCUUGCCUGCUAGUUAUGUUCAUAGGCUUUAACCUCAUUGUGGAACACCCUCUGAGAGCAAGAGUCAAUUCUCAAUUUCGCUCAAGAGUAUCCAUAAAACACUGCAUAAAUUUAAACAACACAUAUUAUGUACCAUUUCCUGUUUGAACAUAGUCAAAGACAGGUGUCGGCACUCGGUCGUUUGUGAGCUCAUUAUUUUCUGCUUUGGGAGCUUUGCUGUGGAGCGGUUUGAGGAUUUUUUGUAUGCAUUUGUGGUGUGUGAACAGACUGUGCUUAAGUGGAGUACAAUGUGCAUCUUGGGACUGACUGACUUGUUUGUCUGAUCUGGACUCAGCCGUAAAAAGAGGCUUGCUUCUACGUACUACUGUAAAUAGCGAGAUGAGUUACUGUUUGCUCACCUUUGUGGGCUCGGACUGAGUGGACUUUUUUAUCUCACUUGGUAGCUACACACUAUUUUGGGAUGUGCACACAAAUGCUCAGUGUAGACCUGGAGUGUGGUAGCGAAUUGUUCACUUUGAUGCUUGUGUGCGUCUUAAGAUUUUGAGAGAUAACUCUUUAUGUGAUUUGUUCAGUGUUUAUUAGAAUAAAUAGGUACCCCGGUAGGCGGACCUUUAAGUGGUUGCCUGAUUUCUUUUACUUUUUCCUUCAAGCUCUUCAGUAAUUUGUUUAUAACACAAUGGUUCAUCAAGACAACUUAAAAUUUGCAUUGCCGGUGCACAGUAACUAAGCCAAAAUUCUAGGAACAACUGUCAUGGUGCAGGUGCCCCAUGAUCAAAGUUGUAGGACUCAUUCCAGGAUAUUGAAAUGACUAAUAACCUCCAAAACCCUCUGCAGCGUAACUUGUGUCGACGACUACAAAGUGAAAUUCAAGCGUGUAGGUCAGUGUUAUUCACUAAUUUUUGCAAGAGAGCCACUUCGGUUAAACACAUUGAUUGAGAGAGCCGCAGCUACUGCAAGUUAGCGUAACUCAACUAAAUUAAGUAGUACUGAGCUGCUAGUGCAAUAUAGUAAAUGAGAAAAAUUAGACAUGGUAAUAUUAGCCUGCAUAUCUUGUUA